AUGGCCGUUUAUCGCCGUCGCGCGACGAAAUAAAACGCGAAGCCGGAGGCCUGACUGGAAAGGAAAACCACUGCCAAAACCUCCACCGCCGCUUCCGAGCCACGGCCGCCGGGCGAAGAGAAGAGAUGAGCGUACACGACGUUGACGGCAAUGACUCUGACGAGGGAGAGGUCUUCUUGGAUGACGAAGACAUCAUCCAAGAGAUCCCCAUCGACGAAGAGGAUCUUCCGGACCGGGACGAUGAGAUGGAUCCCGAUGUCGACGAUGAAGAAGCUGAUGAUUCUGUCUACAUAUUCAGGGGCCAUUCAGAUGAACUCUACACUGUCGCUUGCAGUCCAACAGAUGCAUCUCUUGUGGCUACAGGGGGUAAGGAUGAUAAAGGAUUUUUGUGGAAGAUUGGUUCUGCAGAUACAGGUCUAGAGCUCCAAGGUCAUCGAGAUACUGUCUCUACAGUAGCCUUCAGUUCUGAUGGGCAAUUACUUGCUUCUGGAGGUCUGGAUGGAGUUGUACAUGUAUGGGAUACAUCUCUAGGUAGUCUUAAGUGUACACUUGAAGGUUCUGGAGAAGGUUUUGAGUGGCUCAAAUGGCAUCCAAAAGGACACUUGAUAUUAGCAGGGUCAGAAGAUUCAAAUGUGUGGAUGUGGAAUGCUGACAAAAGUGCUUGGCUCAAUACAUUCUCUGGUCAUAGUAGCAGUGUCACCUGUGGUUCUUUUACUCCUGAUGGUAAGAUUAUUUGUACUGGUUCUGAUGAUGCAUCCUUGAGGAUAUGGAACCCUCGGACUGGGGAGAGUAUCCAUGUUGUUAGAGGACAUCCAUAUCAUACUGAUGGACUGACAUGCUUAUCAAUAACUUCUGAUUCUACUAUUGCUAUUACUGGCUCAAACGAUAGCUCUAUUCACAUGGUGAAUAUAACAACUGGGCGGGUGAUCAGCUCAUUAAAUGCUCACUCAGACUCUGUGGAGUGUAUUGGACUUUCGCCAAGUUUUCCUUGGGCUGCAACAGGAGGCAUGGAUCAAAAGCUCAUGAUAUGGGAUCUACAACGUUCUGCAGUAAGAUGCACAUGUGACCAUGAAGAGGGUGUAACAUGCCUGACUUGGAUGGGUACAUCUCAGUAUGUAGCUACAGGCUGUGUGGAUGGAAAGGUGCGGAUUUGGGACACUCUCUCCGGCAAUUGCUUGAGAACUUUCAGUGGCCAUGCUGACACCAUUCAAUCUCUGGACAUUUCUGCCGAUGGGAAUUCUCUUGUUUCAGUCUCAAGUGAUGGGACUGCUCGUAUCUUUAAAAUCUCGGAGUUCCACUAAGGUAUACUUGACAUCCUUUGGUGCUGUGUAACCAUUAACUUAUUGAUAUAAAGAAUUACUGGCUCAAGAGUUGAUAUACUUUACAAGUUAUUGUAUUCCAUAGAAAUUUUGUUAUAUGCUUGAGUGCUGGUGCUGCACAGUAUUUAAAAAGUGAUCAUCUGACUACGAUGCCUUCAGUUAAAA